AUGGAGUUGAUGGAACUUGUCGACAACGAGCCGACGGCUCGACCCUUUCAGUGCGACUGGGAUACGUGCACUAAGUGUUUCAACCGCAAGUCCGACCUCCAAAGGCAUUACCGGAUACAUACGAAUGAGAGACCGUACUCCUGUACAACAGAAGGGUGUGGUAAAAGCUUCAUACAGCGUAGCGCCUUGACGGUCCACAUCCGCACUCACACCGGUGAGAAACCUCAUCAAUGUCAACAUGCUGGAUGUGGCAAGCGUUUCUCGGAUUCUUCGAGUCUGGCUCGACAUCGACGCAUACACACCGGCAAACGGCCUUAUAAAUGUGCUCACGAGGGUUGCCUCAAAAGUUUCUGCCGGAAAACAACGAUGGUCAAACAUCAGAGGCGUUCUCACCAGAGGGGUGUCCAUUCAGAGAUGGAAGAUUUCUCUUCUGAGUCGGACAGCGGCGAGUCUCCGUCUACUCCUAAGCAACCCGGCAUGUGGCCAACAGGCCAUUUGACAAACGGGCUUUCUGAUAUGCAAGGCCACGCCGUCCAGCGAGCAUCAUCAUUCGGCGACUUUGGUCAAGUAAGCCAGUACGAUAUAUCGCAGCAGUAUGGCCACCGGCACAGCAUCUCUGGUGGGGGCGCCCACGAAUACCAUGGCGACAUUGUCCGAUCGUAUCAACCCUCCAUACUUCAAGGGCUUCCGCGAACGGCCAGCGUGCCUCAUCCUUACUUUGUGACAGACCAGAACAACCCUAGCAUCGCGACAAUGAAUACGAAUCCGAUACAACAGUACCAGAUACCGAGGCAGCAACCUGAGCGGCUCCCAAUAGAAAUUCCGUACAAUACGGCGGGGAAUAUGAUUAACUCAAUCCAGAAUAGCCCUGCCAGCUUCACGACUGGAAUUUCAGGCCACAGCCCGUCAGGCCAUGAUAACUACUACACGCACCAGUCUCCGCAUGCGACAACGUAUUCGCUGAACACAACGCCUGUCAUGGAGCAACCCAUGACGCAGUUCCCUCAGCAAGUCGCCCAGCCAGUGCACCAGCCAGUUCAUCAGCAGGUCCAUCAGCAGGUCCAUCAGCAGGUCCAUCAGCAGGUCCAUCAGCAGGUCCAUCAACCGAUCCAUUCUUCCCAGCCGGUGCAGCCUCAGAUGUUGCAGAUACCUCCUCCCAUGCAACAAGUUCAGCAAGUCCAGCAAGUCCAACAGACUCAGCAAGUCCAACAGGCUCAGCAAAUCCAGCAGGCUCAGCAAAUCCAGCAGGCUCAGCAAAUCCAACAGGUUCAAGAUCAAUAUCAGCCAGCGCCAACGCAACAGGAAGAACAUUGGUAUAACACGAUGCCUUACCAACAACCAGUUGAGGUUCCUACUGUCGGUCAAGUACCAUCUUUCGGGUCUACGCCAGAUUACCCGUGGCUCGUCAAGCCGGAUUUUGACGAGGACACGUCGACGCAGAUGCCCAGUUCAAGAAUCAAUGAUUUAUGA